GGGCACUGUUCCACUGUGAUACCACACAUCCAGCCUGAGUUUGACAGGUAGCCGACCUUUUUUUUUUUUUUGGGGGGGGGGGGGGGCGCAGUGGAAAUGGAACCCCUCGACGCGUCUGUUGCCGAAGCCAUUGUGGCCAUACUCGCUGCUGCACAGACACUGACGGAGGACUGCUUGACUGCGUUCAAUUGCCUUUGGAAUGACUCCCCGUUUGAUGGGAAGCAUGUAGUUUUGCGUAGGACUUCGGGUGGGGAGGACGAAGCACAGCCACCGAAAAAGAGACAGAGAAACAUUGUUUGGCAAUGGCCAUCUGUGGUACAUGCUACUGGUGUGCUGCCACAGAACUCUCCACGGUGGUGGGUUAUGAGACGGAGUGGGGAUGUUUGGAAGGACCUCGAGAUCGUGGAUGAUGCCGAGAAUGACCACUACGUUUCGCAGAUCCGCAUGCGGCGAUCAAAUUUCAAUCGACUCCGGCAUGUGUUGGCGCCACAUCUUGCUAAAAAGGUGACGAAAUGGAGAGCACCUCUCCCGCCUGCCCAGGUUCUCGCAUAUGCUCUGCACAGGUGGGCGCACGGGGACUCACAUCUCCAUAGCACCUCGGCAUACGGCAUGGGAAAGACCAGUGGACUGCGUGCUCUUCGUGAAGUUGGGGACGCCUCAAUAGAGCAUUUCCCUGCCGCGGUCGGCUUUGGUUCAUAUGCGGUUCGUCACAAGCGCAUGCAAAAGUUUGCUGCUGCCGGAUUCCCGAAUUGCUGGGGGUGUAUAGACGACACUCAUGUUUUCGUAGACAAGCCGAAGAAGAAGGAUGGUGAUGAAUUUAUGGCAGGCCACAAAAAACGGUUCUCCAUUGUAGCGCAACUGGUUUUCGAUCUAGAUCUGCGCAUCCUGGAUAUGUGUUACAGAUUCCCAGGCACUGUUGCAGACGGGCGUGUUCUUCGAAACUCAUCCUUGUUUAGAAAGGCAGUGAGGGGUGGGCUGUUCCAAGCAAAGUCAUCCGAUCCCACAAGGCAUUUGAGGCCAACCGUUCCUGGGGUGCCAAAUGGAUACUUGCUGGCGGACGCAGGCUAUCCUACCUUGUCUUGGAUAGUGGUCCCUUACGGCAUUCAUAAUCCGCCCGUGGAAAUCAAGGUCUUUGAUGACACCCACAAACUUGUGUGUUCAUGUGCGGAGCAUGGGAAUGGUGUGCUGAUGAUGAGGUUUCAGUACUUCUACCGACCGCAUGUUUGUGACAUUCGCAUUGAAGGCAAAGAGUUCCAAGCUGCCUGCAUUUUACACAACUUGCUGCUUUCCUGGGGAGAUUUGCCAGAGGGUGCCAACAUCGAAGGUGUGGGUGGUGGAUAUGGUGACCAGCCUGCCAACGGAGCUCCUCGAUCUUCUGCGCCCCUCAGGCACUUGAGAUGCAGAGGGGCUGGUUUAGCGGUCCGUGAUGCGUUAUGUGAUUAUUUAAACCGACCGCAGGACCCCAUCGUGGAUGUGUAGUGUUGCCUGCCCCCCCACUGACACUGCACAGUGGUC